UCCGAGCGCCUGCGCGCAAGGUAGAAUUUGGUUUCUUUCAAGGUGCAGUACCUCCUCCAGGAAGCUUAGUGCCUCAUGGUACCUACCUAAGGGAUAUCUAGCAUUCCUUGUUCCUGGACGCAUUAUUCCCACUUCAAUUGGCUGGUUGGUGGAGCCUCACGAUAAGAAUCUGGCGCUCCGAUAAGACCACGUGCCCCACCAACGACAGCCAACCCACAGAAAACUCUUUGGGCGGCCUAUUGGGCUGUCUCCUUCUGGCUCGUCCAAGUCGCGACAAUUUUUUUUAGUAUCCUCCAUCGCCAAUUCCCCGGCCAUUGAACUGUCCGACCGCCCUCCUGACACUGGCACAUGUCCGGCUCGAACCAGGCCCCUCCCGCGUGGCUCUUUUCUAACAAUCUCCUAAACCCCGUUCAACCCUCCAGCUCGGUCGCCGACACCGCAGACUCCACCACCAUGGGCAGCAAAAAGGCCGACAAGGCCAAGGCCAAGGCCUCCUCCAAGAGCGCUUCCGCCUCGAGCCCGCCCCCCGGCGAGCUGAUGGACCUGGUCGAGACAUUCCUCUCCGAACACUCCUUCACCGGCGCCCACGACGCCUUCAAGAAGCAGCGCGAGAAGAAGGGCUGGAAGCCCACCGACUCCAAGGACGCCGCCAACACCUCGCUCGUUGGCGUCUUCCAGACCUGGGAAGCUUCCGGCAAGACCAAGGCCGCCGCCAAGGACUCUGACAGCUCGGAUGACAGCGACUCGAGCGAUGACUCGAGCGACGAGGACGUCGAGGACGUCGACAUGAAGGACGCCGCCUCGGCCAAGUCCUCCUCCUCAUCCAGCUCAUCUAGCUCCGAUAGCAGCGAUAGCGAAGACGAGGCUGCCCCCGCGCCCAAGGUCGAGAAGAAGGCCGCCAAGAACCUGAAGCGCAAGGCGCCCGUCGAGGACAGCUCUUCCGACUCGUCGUCUUCGUCCGAUUCCAGCUCGUCCGACUCCGAUUCGGACGACAAGCCCCAAGCCAAGAAGCAAAAGAGGGCCGCCAAGGCCGACAGCUCUGAUUCCGACUCGUCCAGCUCCUCUUCCAGCGAUUCUAGCGACAGCAACGAUUCCGACUCGGAUGCUAGCGAGAAGGACGACUCUUCCGACAGUGACUCGGACAGCUCUAGCUCCAGCUCUGACUCUGACUCCGACUCUGAUUCUGACUCUGAUUCGGACAGCGACGCUGAUGUGAAGACGGCCGCCCAGGUCCCUCUCCCCGGCUCCGACAGCUCAUCCGACUCUGACUCUUCCUCCGACUCUUCUUCGGACUCGGACUCCUCUGAUGACGAGAAGCCGUCCAAGAAGGACAAGAGCGCCAACGACUCCGACUCCUCCGUCACCCUGGACAAGACCUCGCCCGAGUUCCAGCAGAACACCUCCAACCCGCCCCUGCCCCCGGACCCCGCCACCACCAAGGCCGGCCGCAAGGUGCAGAACGAGCCCUUCUCCCGCAUCCCCAAGAACAUCCAGGUCGACCCGCGCUUCGCCUCCAACCAAUACGUGUCCAUCGAUUACUCCCAGCGCGCCCACGAGGACCUCAUCGUCACCAAGGGCAAGGGCUUUACCAAGGAGAAGAACAAGAAGAAGCGUGGCAGCUACCGCGGAGGCAUGAUUGACAUCAGCGAUAAGAAGGGCAUCUACUUCGAUGACUAAAUGUAGACGGGUCCAGCAACGGAGUACAAAAUGGGGGAACAUUGUGUCUAUAGACAGCCGGCGUUUCGAACGGCGAUUCGUUGACGCGCCAAGGCAUUGCAUACCAUGGUCAAUUUAAUGUUACAUUGUAUGAGUACGUUCAUCCGUGUUGUGCAUCAUCUAAGAAUGCGCUUGUUUUCUAUUUCCUCCAACUGUAACG